ACGUGGUCACUGACAUUCCCAUGGCCCCUGGCAACUACCUCAUUGCCAUCAAGUACGGUGGCCCCCAGCACAUCGUGGGCAGCCCCUUCAAGGCCAAGGUCACUGGUCCGAGGCUGUCCGGAGGCCACAGCCUUCACGAAACAUCCACGGUUCUGGUGGAGACUGUGACCAAGUCCUCCUCAAGCCGGGGCUCCAGCUACAGCUCCAUCCCUAAGUUCUCCUCGGAUGCCAGCAAGUUGGUGACUCGGGGCCCUGGGCUGUCCCAGGCCUUCGUGGGCCAGAAGAACUCCUUCACCGUGGACUGCAGCAAAGCAGGCACCAACAUGAUGAUGGUGGGCGUGCACGGCCCCAAGACCCCCUGUGAGGAGGUGUACGUGAAGCACAUGGGGAACCGGGUGUACAAUGUCACCUACACUGUCAAGGAGAAAGGGGACUACAUCCUCAUCGUCAAGUGGGGUGACGAAAGUGUCCCUGGAAGCCCCUUCAAAGUCAAGGUCCCUUGAAUCCCAAAAGUGCCUCCCCAGCCUCAGCCCCCACCUCCAGCCAAAUACACAUUACACACACACACACACACAA